GAAAGCUCCCAAACUUCAUGUUAAUAAGUGAAGUGCAUUUCGUAAGUUCUGUUAUUUUGUGCGCGUCCCUGUUUAUCUAGAAAAUGGAGAUAUUUUGGUAAAGUAUUACCGAUUUUUCAUAAACAGAAAAAUAUAACUGAAAUAAGUUAUGUUAUGAGCUUGUGUUUUAUACUAUCUAUAACUUUUUUAAAGUGCAAAGACUGAUCUACCUCAAUCUUAUUAUCCAACGUUAUUUGGUAGACAGGUAACAAAAUGUCUGAAAUAGUGUAUCCUCCAGGAUGUCGUCCAAUCAGUGACGACUUAAAUACAGACGAAUUAAUCCGUCGGUUAAAAACACUCGCACAUACUUUACAAGCUAUGGGACAAGACGAUGGAGCUUAUAAGCAAUACAUUCCAUUGUCCCUUCACCUUGCAGAAGAGCAGUUUUUAUCUCACACUUCACGAGAUGUUCAAUUACUAAUAGCAUGUUGUAUUGCAGACGUCUUGAGAGUAUAUGCUCCUGAAGCACCAUAUAAAGAUCCUGAACAAGUGAAAACAAUUUUUCUCUUUUUGAUUACUCAGUUAUCUGGACUGAAAGAUCCCAAAGAUGCUGCUUUUAAGAGAUAUUUUUAUUUGCUGGAGAAUUUGGCAUAUGUGAAAUCAUUUAACAUGUGUUUUGAACUUCAAGAUUGCCAAGAAAUAUUCUGCGCUCUUUUUCAAUUGAUGUUUCGAAUUGUCAAUGAUGAACAUUCUGGACGAGUUAAAAGUUUCAUGUUAGAUGUACUGUGCCCUCUAAUAUCGGAAAGUGACAUGGUCAGCAAUGACCUUUUAGAUAUUAUUUUAAUAAAUAUAGUUGAACCUAAUAAAACGCAACAUAAAAAUGCGUACUUUCUGGCCAAAGAGCUAAUAAUCAAAACCUCGGAUACCCUUGAGCCUUACAUUCAAGCAUUCUUCAAUCAUGUUUUAAUUUUGGGCAAAGAGGAUAAAAAUUUACAAAUUUGUGGUAAGGUAUAUGAUUUGAUUUAUGAAUUAAAUCAUAUAAGGCCUCAGAUUUUAUUAGCCGUAUUACCACAGCUAGAAUGUAAAUUGAAAAGUCCUCUGGAAAGUGACAGAUUAGCUGCUGUUGCCCUUUUAGCUAAAAUGUUCAGCGAAAAAGACUCUGAGCUUGCGCGUCGACACACUGCAUUAUGGAGGGCAUUUUUAGGAAGAUUCAAUGAUAUUUCUAUUGCGAUUAGAACAAAAUGUGUACAAUAUUCUAUGCACUUUCUCCUAAACCAUCCUAGUUUAAGAAAAGAUAUCACAGAGACUUUGAAAAUGAGACAACACGACUCUGAAGAAAAUGUGCGGUAUCAAGUAGUAAUGGCUAUCGUUACAACAGCGAAAAACGAUUUUCAAGUUGUGUCAGAUUCCGAAGAUCUAUUAGAAUUUGUUAAAGAAAGAACUUUGGAUAAAAAAUUCAAAAUAAGAAAAGAGGCCAUGUCUGGCCUAGCGCUCAUUUACAAAAAACAUCUCAGCGAUCCCGAUGUACCUAAUGCAACAAAAAAAGCUGUCACCUGGAUUAAAGAUAAAAUUCUACAUGGUUAUUAUAUGGCCGGCAUGGAAGAUCGAUUAUUAGUAGAACGUUUAUUGAAUACUUGUCUUGUUCCUUAUCAACUUCCUGCUGCAGAGAGAAUGAAGAAAUUAUACCAUCUUCUUGGCACAGUAGAUGAUCAUGCAACUAAAGCAUUCUUAGAAUUACAGAAGAACCAAUUAUGUGUCAGAAAAUUGGUUCAAGAAUAUUUGGAAUUACAUAGGCGAUUUGCAAACGGUUCAAAUGAAGUUUUGAAAGAAUUGGCGAUAAAAGUACAGAAUUUAUCCAGGUGUUUACCAGAGCCAGUUAAAGCUCAUGAAUAUUUAACAAAAUUUAGUAAUCAUCUAAAAAGAGAUCAAUUUCUGAUGGAACAAUUUGAUAUAGUAGUGAAGCCGUCUGUGAGCUGUAAAGAAUGUUCUGAAGCAACAGCAGCAGUAUUAAGAAAACUUGGUCCACCAGUUAUGACAAACUUAUAUUACAACACAGUUAAAAUGUUGCUUGAGCGAAUAAGUUCUGUAAUGAUCGACCACGAAGCAAUUAAACUAUUAGUAGGAUAUGUUGAGGACUGUUUAAAAGGUGGAAAUAGUAUAGAAGAAAUUGGAUUGAACCCUGCGACAGCUGGAGAUAGGGGCAUAAAGUUGCUCGUAAUGUUGAGUGUAGUAUUUCCCUCCCAUUUUCAAUAUAGCGAUGUUUUGGAGCAACUGCUAGGAUUAUUGAAGUUAGAAGAUGAGAAUGUUGCCCCUUUAGUACUAUCUGUAUUCACUUUCCUGGGAAAAUAUAAAUGUUUAUCUGAACAAUUUCCUGAAAUCAUGAAUCAGUUAGCACCAAUAUGUAAAGAGUUUGCACAAACUGGAACACCCAAGCAAGCUAAAGGGGCAAUACAAUGUAUCUACAAGAACAUGCCGGAUAUGUAUGAUACUCUAUUUUCUAGCAUUUUGGAAUCUAUUAAAAACAAUCUUACACCUGAAUCUCUCAACUACAGAACUGCAAUAGUUACCCUUGGACAUAUCGCCUUCAAUAUACCUGAUCGAUAUAAGGUGCAAAUAAAGAAUAUAGUCUCUAGAAAGAUUGUUAAAGAGCUUCUAGUAAAGGAAGGUCGAGAAACAGAAGUUGACACUGACGGUGAUUCUUGGUGUUCUGAAGACGAAUUACCUGAAGAAACAAGAUGCAAAGUGGAAGGCUUGAAAGCAAUGGCAAGGUGGCUGUUGGGUCUUAAACAAGAUACGGCUUCUGCUCAAAAAACUUUCAGAAUGUUGAAUGCAUUUAUAUUACACAAAGGUGAUCUUUUACAAUCAGGACGGUUGUCAAAAGCUGAAAUGUCUUGGUUAAGACUAGCUGCAGGUUGUGCAAUGCUGAAAGUUUGUGAACAAAAAGGCGUCGGGGAUCAGUACACAGCCGAACAAUUCUACAAUUUAUCUCAACUUAUGACGGAUGAAGUUAAGCAAGUUCGAGAAAUAUUUGCCACUAAAUUACAUAAAGGUUUAAAUAAAGGAUUGCCAAACAAAUGUCUGCCUUUGGAUUUUAUGGGUUAUUAUGCACUCGCCGGAAGAGAACCAGAAAACCGUCUACGAACGACCAUCAGGAAUUACAUGAUUGCUGACAUUAAUAGACGUAGGGACUAUGUAAAAACAUUGACAAUGGGUACAGGACAAGCAGAUAAAGCACUAAGUCAACUGCCUCAUAUAUUGCCAGAUUAUAUGCUCGUUUUUGCUGUACCAAUUUUGGCACAUGAUCCACAUUUAACCAAAUGGGAUGAUGUACAAGAACUCAUGAAAGCGAAACAGUGUCUUUGGUUCAUUUUAGAACCACUAGUUAAAAGUGAUUACUUUAGUUAUGGAUUUUACAAAAAUUUGAUAGAAAAAAUGAAAAAUCAUAAAGAUGCUGUUAGGCCUGAUGAUGACUCUAUUAAUUAUAAAAUAUGGGCCCUUUGUGACCUAGCAUCCGGCCUCCUACUUACCCGAUCAACAAACUACGACAUCAAAGAUUUUAUAAGUGAGACGCGCAUUCCAUUGAUGUAUUUUGUACCACAACCGGAUUUCUUCAAUACCAGGGUUUUUCUCCCUCCAGAACUCCAAUAUCAACCUAAUUUGAAAACCGGCAUUACCCUAAAUAUGCUCAAUACCGAAAGGCAGAAAAAACCUAAACCUAAAAAACCGGAAGGUUGUGGUCCUCUUGGUACAGAUGUUCAACCCUCGGAAGCAUCUGAGACAAAAAUUCAACUACCUGGUCUAGAAGAAGAUAUCGAUGAGCCACCAGCAAAAAGGCUAAGGGAAAGAAUGAAAGUGGAUCUCGACAAGUGAGUGUGUGUAUAUAAGACAAAACUACAGAGUGUGUGAUCUCCACAAGAUGAAAAUCAUCAGGACUCUUCAGUGCUUUUCUUUUGCAAUUAGAAUCAUUUAAUUUUUAAUUAAAAGUUAAGAAUAAGGA